UCAGUUUGCCUCUCAAAUAACUAAAUGUACCAUGCAAGAAUAAUAAGACAGAGCAAUAUCAUUAUAAUAUAAUCCACUUGUGUGUUUUCAGGUUAUUCUCCCUCAGGCUUCCCUCUGCCACUUUUAUUUAUACAUGUAGAUGUGUUUUUGCAGGGUACGGGUCUGCAGUCAUGGCUGGCCAGCAGAAGCUUCUCUCACUGUGGGUUUGCCUGUUGCUUGUGGCAGCUCUGUGCCCAGGUGCACAGUAUGCAUACAGUAAGCGCGGCUUCAGGGGUAAAGGAAAAGGGGACGGCAGCAAAGAGUCUCCCUCCAAAAGCCAAGGCCUCUCCAAGCAGGGCCUGAAGUGGGCUGGAGCAGCGGCAGCCGGGGUGCUGGGCGGCACGGGCACUGGGUACGGGCUGGGGUUCCUCGGUAGGUCAAAGCACGGAUCUGGGAGUCACCACGGACACAAGACAGCUUCUUCGGAGCAAGAUCAACGGCUUUACUACAACGAACGCCAAGGGUUUCGCAACCAGUCUCUCUGGAGAGCCUUUGUUAAUGCAGCUGCCCCGGCUCCCAUGACUAACAUCUUUCUCACCCUUGGACAUGUGGUGUCUUUCCUUAUAGCAGUCUGGAUAAGAGACAUUUGAUAUCUGAUCCCUGAGAAAGAGAUCAAUCAUCAUAUCAAAUGAAAUAAAAGCUCCUUUCAAUAAUUUA